AUGUCUGGCCGUGCAAAGCAGGGUGGCAAGGCUCGUGCCAAAGCCAAGUCCCGCUCUUUCAGAGCAGGUUUGCAGUUCCCCGUGGGCCGCGUGCACCGGCUUCUUCGCCAAGGGAACUAUGCAGAGCGCAUUGGGGCCGGCACACCAGUGUACCUGGCAGCGGUGCUGGAGUACCUGACGGCCGAGAUCCUGGAGCUGGCGGGCAACGCUGCCCGCGACAACAAGAAGACGCGCAUCAUCCCGCGCCACCUGCAGCUGGCCAUCCGCAACGACGAGGAGCUCAACAAGCUGCUGGGCCGCGUGACCAUCGCGCAGGGCGGCGUCCUGCCCAACAUCCAGGCCGUGCUGCUGCCCAAGAAGACCGAGAGCCACCACAAGUCCCAGACCAAGUGACUCCCGCACAAGUGACAGCAGCUAACAACUUAAAACAAAAAGGCUCUUUUCAGAGCCA